GCACGCAAAUUUAGAUGCAUCAAGCCAAUACCCAUUUGAAAAACGACACACACAGUAUUCGAAUUCAAUUUGAUCACUUUAAGCUAUAUUUUUCCCUUCACAACUCGCUGAUGUGAGUCCCAGUUGUUUCUUGGCUGUAGUUGCUGUACAGUAUACACACACAGGCCGUCAUAGGAUGAAUCAUUGGACUGCUCGCAUAUGUCUCUGGACUCUCAUAUUCCUCAAAAGCUUCCGAACAAAAUAAAUUCUUCUGUAAACUUGUCUUUUUACUGCUUAUUUGGUGACAACUCUUUACUUUUUGCUUUCUUACGUGUCAUUGCAUAUUUUCGCCUCAGCCCCAGGAAUCAAAAUUCCCAGAACUAAAAGAGCAGCAGCAACUUUUGAUGCAAAAAUAUAUGCGGAAAAGACAACAUAAUAGGCACAACUUGCGGCUUUGUCCAGAUGAAGGAAGUUCAACUCAGGAAUCCCUCAAGAAACAUGUCUCAUCAGAUUCAAUCUCAGCGUCUCUGCAGGGUGACUCAAAUGAUGAAGAAGGAAAGGAAGAAGGCCCCACUAGAUUAAUGAGUGUUUCAGGUAAAAGAGUUCGGUCACAUUCAUCUUUGCCGUCAACCCAAAACAGACGGGGAAAAUUAAGGAAACAAGCUAAAAAGAGGCUGCAAAAGUCCAUGAGCUGCAAGACGCUGGGGGAACUAGAACUCGAAGAAGUGAAGGGUUUUAUGGAUCUGGGCUUCGUAUUCAAGAAAGAGAAUAUCAGCUCGCGAAUGAUGAGUGUAAUCCCGGGCUUGCAGAGACUUGAUAUUCGCCCAAAUGAACAGAGCACGCAAAAAAUUGAUGCCUCAGAAACAGGGGAAAAUCAUACUAUGAAACCAACGGAAAAGAAGAAAGACAUCGAGAGACCAUAUCUAUCGGAGGCGUGGCUGAUAAAGAGACCAGAUUCACCACUACUAAAUAUGAAGAUUUCCAAGCUCCGUUCAGCUUCUGAUAUGAAAAAACUUCUACGAUUCUGGGCCAAGGGUGUGGCCUCAGAAAUCCACCAUUCAUGAAUCGUGUUCUUUAUAUCUAUGUAUCUAUGUAGAGCUGCAACACUGUGGGUAGAGCAAAAAAUUAAGACCCACCAUCAUUGUUGAACGUGAAGUCAUGGUCGCUGUAAUAAAACAAGUGUAUGGGGAAAUCAAAGUUGAGAGAGAAACUAAACAAUGGGGGUGUAAAUGCUGGUUGUAGGAAUGUUGUUGGAGGGAUGAAAAUAGGAAGCGAAAUGAGCAGAGAAGUUACCAUGUUGGAUUAAUGGAGGAACUAGGAGGGAAGUGGGAAAGGGGUAAGAGCGACAGAGAGAGAAGAGAGUGAUCAAAGAAGAGGAUAAGCAUGGGUUUGUCGAGCAGGGUGGGCCUUCAGCGACACACAACGAGGUAUUGCCUCAUGAGACAGCUCCAUCCUCUGCUUGUCUUGUAGUACGAUUGCGUAUCAUCAUUCAUUACUUGUGAUUCGUGUGUGCGGUUUAUUUGUUGGCAAAUGUAACAAUAAUGACUUUGUCUGCAGUCUGGACCCGCCCACGACAUGCUGUUUAUAUUCAUUUCACUUCUUAAUUUCAAUAAAAUAUGUAUAUUUAUCCAUCUAGCA